UUCGCGAGCCUCCUUUGGCAGAAACGGUGACCGUUGCGACAAAAGAAAAUGAUCAAGUUUGCCGCGUUCUUCCUGCUGUGCUCUAUCAUCGUCAACUCCCAGGUGGACGACUUUUUCGCCGGGUGCGUGGAAAAGCCCGAAGAUGAACAAAAGCCUGGCGACUGCAUCAUCGCACCGAAGAGAUGGCUCAGUUCGAAUACGUACCGAUACUUCGCCCACCAAGCCUUGGAGAACGACACAAUUCAACCGGAUUACGGCAACCUUAACACUUUAUUUGAGGUGACUCGCGGAGCAGCUCAGCUAUCCGAAGGCAUCAUUAUCAGGCUGCAGUUCACCACUGUCGAGAGCGUUUGCAACAACUCUGUUACCUACACAGAGAAGGAUUGCCCACCACUUGGAACUGAGGUCAAUGGACAGUGCCGGGCACUGUUUCGGUACUAUGGCUACCUGCGACUUGAAGAAGCCUCGUGUAACCCAAUCCCCGAAGAGUGAAGUGACAUCAUUGUUUUGCACGAAGUGUUUCCGGACUCUUUCAUCUCCUAUUUAAAACAUGACAAACGCUCCAGCGUAGCUCCUGUAAUCACCUCAUUUCUCCACACAUGUAUGCAUUGAAUAAAGCCCAUAAUCAUUA